AAUUGCAUCCACUAAUGACAAUUCUUUUGAAUUUUUAAUGGCAAAGUAUUCUAUUCUCAUUAUUCCAGAAAAGAGAAAUUUCUUAGAAACAUGAACUAGUACAAAAGUCAAGCAUUCACCCAUUCUUUCUGACUUCAUAGUUCCUUCUUCAUCUUUUCUCUCUGCAUCUUCUGCUUAUCCUAAUCUUGCUGAUCAUUUGUAGUUCAAUCCAUUGAUCACUCUUGGAUUUCUCCUCAUUCAUCAAUCUCUUGAUUUUUCUUGUUCUUCUCUCUCUGCAUUUUUCUUAUCCUCUCCUGCUCCCUUUGUGGUUCAUUCCAUUGAUCAAUCUUGGGUGUCUCCUCAUUCAUCAGUCUAUUGAUUUUCUUUUUGUUAUUCUCUCUCUGCAACCUCUUUUUAUCCUAAUCCUGCUCUUCAUUUGUAGUUCAAUCCAUUGAUAAUUCUUGGGUUUCUCCUCAUUCCUCAAUCUAUUGAUUUUUCUUGUUCUUCUCUCUCUGCAUUUUUGUUAUCCUUUUUCUGCUGUUAAUUCGUGAUUCAAUGCCCUGAUCAAUCUCGGGUUACCUCUCAUUCAUCAAUCUACUGAUUUUUUCCUUACAGACUUGCUUUGAAAUGGCUCAUGGAACAAGUCAAGCGUCCUCAUCUUCAUCAUUCCGAUGGACUUACCAUGUGUUCUUGAGCUUCAGAGGCGGAGACACCCGCAAGAAUUUCACUGAUCACAUCUACACAGCUCUAAUUCAAGCAGGGAUUCGCACUUUCAGAGAUGAUGAUGAAAUUGAGAGAGGUGAAAAUAUUGAGAAAGAAAUUAUGAAAGCAAUAUUAGAAUCAAGAAUGUCUGUAAUUAUUCUUUCAAAAGACUAUGCAUCUUCAAGAUGGUGUCUUGAUGAACUUGCGAUGAUUAUGGAACGUAGGAGAACUGUUGGGCACAUUGUGUUGCCAGUUUUCUAUGAUGUGGAUCCAUCCCAAGUGGGGAAGCAGAUUGGGAGCUAUGGUGAAGCAUUUGCUAGACAUGAAAUGGCCUUCAAGGAGGAGAUGGAUAUGGUGGAAGGAUGGAGAAGAGCUCUUAGAGAAGCUGCAGAUAUGGGAGGAAUGGUCUUAGAAAACAAGUACCAGUCACAGUUUAUUCAAAAUGUUGUCAAAGAGGUUGGAAAUAAGCUGAACCGCAUAGUACUGAAUGUUGCUCCCUAUUUAGUUGGAAUAGAUUCUCGUAUAGCUGCUAUUAACUUGUGGUUACAAGAUGGCUCAAAUGAUAUUGGCAUAGCCACAAUCUAUGGAGUCGGAGGAAUUGGUAAGACAACUAUUGCGAAGAUUGUUUACAACCAGAACUUCGACAACUUUGAUGGUGCAAGCUUUCUUCCAAAUGUGAGAGAAACUUCUGAACAACCCAAUGGUUUAGUUCGCUUGCAAAGACAACUUCUUUCAGAUCUCCUAAAGGGAAAAACUAACAAAAUAUACAAUGCUGAUGAAGGGAUUGUUAAAAUAAAAGCUGCUAUAUGUCGCAGACAAGUUCUUCUGGUUCUUGAUGAUCUGGAUCAACUGGACCAAUUAAAUGCAAUAAUUGGAAUGCGAGAAUGGUUUUUUCCUGGAAGUAAAAUUAUUAUAACAACUAGACAUGAGCGUCUUUUAAGGGCUCAUGAAGUUAGUAGGAUGUUUAGAGUUAAUGAAUUGGAUGAUAAUGAAUCACUUGAGCUUUUAAGUCGGCAUGCUUUUGGGCAAGCUACUCCUAUUGAAGAUUUCAAGGAGCAAUCCAAGAGAGCAGCGAGUCUUUGUAGUGGUCUUCCAUUGGCUCUUCAAGUUCUGGGUUCCUCUCUUUCAGGCAAAAGUGCAGAUAUUUGGGAAAGUGCAUUGCAAAAGUUGGAAGCAAUUCCUGACAGUAAAAUUCAAAAGAUUCUUAGAGUAAGCUAUGACUCUCUACAAGAUGAUCAUGAUAAAAAUUUAUUCCUUGACAUAGCUUGUUUCUUCACUGGAUUGGACAAAGAUUAUGUUGCUAGCAUUCUAGAUGGCUGUAAAUUCUAUACAGUGGUUGGAAUUAACAAUCUCAUUGGUAGGUGUCUUUUGACAAUUAACGAAGCAAACAAGCUGAUGAUGCAUCAAUUAGUUAGAGACAUGGGAAGAGAAAUUGUUCGUCAAGAAUCACCUGAGGAACCGGGGAAACGUAGUAGAGUUUGGCAUCACAAAGAUGCAUUCAAUGUGUUGAGAGAAAAUGCUGGUACAGAAACAGUCAAGGGCCUCAUGCUAAAUCUACAGAUGUUAAAGGAAGAUAAUACUGCUAAAACUUAUGCAAAACAACAUCUUCAUGAAAGUUCUGUUGAUGAAGAGGUUCCUCCUAACCAAGGAAAUUAUUCAAAAAGACAUCACCUUGGUUUUUUCUCAUGGCAACCUGUGAAUAGUGGUUUAUCAAAUUCAUUGUAUGAAGCAAGAUUGAAAACAAAAGCAUUUGCAAAGAUGGACAGAAUGAAGUUGCUCCAACUCAAUUAUGUUAAACUCAGUGGAGAUUUUGGGGGCUUUCCUAAAGGUUUAGUAUGGUUGUUUUGGCGUGGAUUUCCUUUAAAAUGUAUACCAAAUAAUUUUCACCUGGAGAAGCUUGUUGUUCUUGAUAUGCGCAACAGCAGCCUGAUAAAUGUUUGGAAAGGAACAAGGUUUCUUGUUAACUUGAAAAUCCUCAACUUCAGUAAUUGCCAUGGCCUUGUUAUAACCCCCAACUUCAUGGGACUUCCUUCUCUUGAGAGAUUGAAGCUCAAAGGUUGCAUAAACUUGAUUGAGCUUGACAAAUCCAUUGGCAACCUUCAAAGGCUUAUUUUACUGGACCUAAGAGACUGCAAAAAUUUGAAGUCCCUUCCUGGAGAAAUUGGUUUAUUGGAAUCUCUUGAAAAACUUAAUUUGUGUGGUUGCUCAAAACUUGAUCACCUGCCUGAGGAGAUGAAACAACUGCAAUUGUUGAAGGUUCUUUAUGCAGAUGACACUGGUUUAAAUCAAUUACAAGCUGUAAAUGUACCGUGGUACUCAACAUUUUGUUCUUGGUUGCUACCAAGAAAAUGUCCACAAAAGAUGAGUUUCUCGUUGGCUGUUUUACCAUCGUAUUUAGUAAACUUAAGUCUAGCAGACUGCAAUCUAUCAGAUGUUGCUAUUCCAAAUGAUCUAAGUUGUCUUCGCUCAUUGGAAAUUUUAGAUCUUAAAGGAAACCCGAUACACAGUAUUCCAGAAAGCAUCAAUAGCCUUACUACACUCCAGAACCUUUGCUUAGACAAGUGCACAAGGCUCCAAUCUCUUCCAGAGCUUCCAGCAAGUUUGGAGGAAUUAAAGGCUGAGGGCUGUACAUCACUGGAAAUAAUUACAAAUCUGCCAAAUUUGCUGAGAACUUUGCAGGUGGAACUGUUUGGCUGUGAACAACUUGUUGAAGUGCAAGGCUUGUUCAAGCUAGAACCAAUUGUAAAUAUGGACGCAGAAAUGAUAAAUGAUUUGGGCUUGUUCGACUUGGCAUCCUUCGGGAGUACUGAGGUGACAAUGUUCAAUGCCAUAGCAAACAGAGAAAGGAGGACGACUCCGCAGGUAUUGCAAGAAUGUGGCAUAUUCAGCUUCUUCUUUGCUGGGAAUCAGGUUCCAUUCUGGUUCAUCCAUAAAAGCAUGGGGUCCUCAUUAUCUUUUACAGUAAAUCCACUUCCUGGUCACAAAGUCUGCGGCUUAAAUUUAUGUACGUUAUACUCGCGCGACGAUCAGGUGUUUUGGUUGCAUGCUGCUGGUCAUUAUGCCAAAAUCAACAAUGAAACCAAGGGUAUAAACUGGAGCUAUAGUCCAACUUUCUAUGGAAUCCCAGAAGAUGAUGAAGAUAUGCUAUGGUUGAGCUGCUGGAAGUUUGGAAAUGAGUUUGAAGUAGGGGAUGAAGUGAAUGUUUCGGUGCGAAUGCCAUCUGGGUUUUACGUAAAGGAGGGUGGUGUUUACGUGGUGUACAAGGAAGACGACUCAAACACUAAGGACAUGGCACAAAGCAGCUCUUUUUAUCAUCAGAAUAUCACUGAUAGAGACUUGUCAGCAUACCAGGUGGGAGAAGCAGUUUAUUUUCUGCAUCAUCAUCCAUAUACAACUCCAAAUGAAAUACUGAAAUUAGCUUCAUUACAACUCUGAAUUUGAACCCAGGCACACGUUCAUUUAUCAGUUGCACAUAUUUUAUGCGCGUGUGAUGAGCGCAAGGAAGGAGAAAUUUUAUAAUACAACUAUAUCUAUAUAAUGAUCGUAUUACAACCAUUGAUUAUGAUUGGUUUUAUGUAGAUUUCGCCAUAAUCAAUAGUUAUUAUAUCACUGUUAUAUA